GCUCAGCUGUUGUGUGCGACCGCGGGGGAGAGAAAUACUCCACGUAAUACAUCGGCCGGUUCCAGGAAGGGACUCUGGACUUCCGUGGGGCCAUUGUGGCCGUGCUUCGGAGAACAUAACGGGAAUACAUCAGCUUUCGUUCCUCAGAUAUAAACCGAGACACGUUGGUCUGGAACGGCGGAGGUUUAGAUCUAGGACAGUCUCUCUGGAGAGGACGGAAAAUGGAGCUAGAUGGCGGGGCUGUGUACCAGGACGACCCGGGCACAUCGGCGAUCAUGUCGGAGAGGGUCUCGGGCCUGGCCAACUCCAUCUACCGCGAGUUCGAGAGGCUCAUCCGCAAAUACGACGAGGACGUGGUGAAGGAGCUGAUGCCGCUGGUCGUGGCGGUGCUGGAGAACCUCGACUCGGUGUUCGCCGAGAACCAGGAGCACGAGGUGGAGCUGGAGCUCCUCAAGGAGGAUAACGAGCAGCUGGUCACUCAGUACGAGCGCGAGAAAGCGCUCAGGAAACACGCCGAGGAGGUGAGUUUAGCGCCUAACAUCAUCUUCAUCAUCGGGAGCCUGGCAUCUGCUUUCUUGCAGCAGCAGCAGCAGCAGCAGCCACGCUUUUUCAUGCCUUGUCAAGCCAUAAGUCGAUUAGAAGAGCGAGAAGCUGAACUGAAGCGUGAAUAUAAUUCCCUUCACCUGCGGCACACAGAGAUGAUCCACAACUACAUGGAGCAUGUGGAACGGAUCCGGAUGCAGCAGACGGGGGGAGAGACCUCUGACACAGGAACAAUUGGCCGAGUUCGGAAAGAGCGGCCCCUGUCUUUGGGGAUCUUCCCCAUGUCCGGUGGUGGCUCUUCACUGACGCCUGACAUCCGGGGCAGAGCCGAGACUCCUGGGAUGGAGGGCUGGAGAUUCAAUAACCUCAGUCAUCAGCGCUCUAACACCAGCCUCAAGUUGGAGGCGGAGGACACUCCAAAGAAAAGGGAUGGUAAGGAUGUUCUGGAAGCUUGGGACUCGCUGGCAAACGACUGCAAGGAUGAGCUGUCUGACCUCAGCCAGGGAGGCUCAAAGUCUGUCACUCCCAUGUCCACCACGGCCUCAGAUCUGGCCCUGGACUCGCACAGAGAGGAUGGAGAGGGAUUCUUGAAGAACACAGAGGUUCAGGCUGCUCCAGGGACCAGGAGCGUCUCUGCGGGUCUGGCCGAUAAUGAGGAAAAGUCAGAUGUUCAGGCCAUUAUUGAGUCCACACCAGAGCUGGACAUGGACCUCGGAUUUAAAGGUUCAAGCACCCCGACCCGAGGGAUUGAGAACAUGGCGUUCGACCGAAAUACAGAGUCUCUCUUUGAAGAAGUGUCGUCAGCAGGCACUGGUUUGAUUGGAGAUGUGGAUGAAGGAGCAGAUCUGUUGGUGGAGUACUCCGUGCAUGCGCUUUCACACCCGAGUCUGUCCGGCAUGGGUCGUGAGGUGGAGAAUCUCAUUCAGGAAAAUGUGCAGUUGCUUGAGACAAAAAAUGCAUUGAACGUGGUGAAGAACGAUCUGAUCGCUCGUGUGGACGAGCUCUCCUGUGAGAAGGAGGUCCUUCAGGGGGAGCUGGAUGCGGUUUUGCAGGCCAAAGCUAAACUAGAGGAGAAAAACAAGGAGCUGGAGGAGGAACUCAAAAAAGUGAAAGCAGAGGCAGAGGUGGCCAAACAAAACAAUAAUAAAGAGGAAGAUGAGAGCGAUGUGCCCACAGCUCAGAGGAGGAGGUUCACGCGGGUGGAGAUGGCCCGAGUCCUGAUGGAGCGAAACCAGUACAAGGAGAGACUGAUGGAGCUGCAGGAGGCCGUCAGGUGGACGGAAAUGAUCCGAGCUUCAAGGGAAAACUCUGAAGUUGCAGAGAAGAAGAGGUCAAGCAUCAGGCAAUUCUUCAGUCGCCUGUUCAGUUCCUCAGCGUCCAGCAGCACAGCGAGAGCUUUACCGUCCAACGUCAAGUACAACCCACCCAGCAUCAUGAAAAAGAGCAACACCUUCUCCCAGUUCCCAAGAGAAAAGUCCAAAGCGUUCGACUUCCUCAAAGAAGAUGUGGACUCGAAUGGUUCUCUGUCCCGCCGGGAGCAGAAGCGCGCUCAAUACGAGCAUGUGAAAGCCCACGUGCAGAAGGAGGACGGCAGGGUUACAGCACAUGGCUGGAGUCUCCCUGGAAAAUACAAGGUUGCUAAUGGUGGCCAUGCAGAGAACAAAAUAAACCUUCCUGUUCCUGUGUGUCUCAGGCCACUGGAGCAGAAAGAUGCUUCUAUGAAGCUCCUGUGUGCAGCUGGAGUGAUUCUGUCAGGUGGACGCUCAUGUGAGGGAAGCUCUGGCGUUUCUGGAGAAGAGUCUGCGGUGGAGACAGACGCCUCCAAACAGAGGAAAGACUCCCAGAGCAGCCUAGAUCAGCUGGAGCAGGAACCUAAGGAGCGGGAGCAGACAGUGUAUGUGGAGAUGUCCAGUCGCGUUUGGAUCUGUACGAGCACACACUCCUCCACAAAGGUGAUGAUCAUGGAUGUGACGCGGCCCGACGACCUGCUCGACAGCUUCUACGUCUGUAAUUCAUGUGUGCUGUGCAUCGCCAGCGUACCAGGAGUCUUGGAGACAGACUAUCCUGCAGGGGAGGAGAUUCCUCUGGACCCGGAGGCGGGGCCAGACGCUUUAUUGGCCAGCAGCAGCUCUCAGGGUAGUGAGGGUGCAUUGAGUGACGUGUCAGCGGUGGGCUGCAGUGUUGAAGAGUCCAGCACAGGAUCUCAGAUGGGCAGCACAGGGGCCAACGAACAGUCAGCAGAACAGAGUCCAGCCAGAGGAAGUGAUCUCUCCAGAGCUCCCAGUGAAGAUGGGUUCCCUGCAGCAGAGGAGGCUAUGGAGGCCACUGAGGAAGAGCAGGAGAGCCCAGGACAGGACACCAGCCAGCCAGGAAUCUACACGGAGCACGUGUUUACAGACCCACUGGGAACAGAGUCUUCUGGGCCUUCAACAGGCAACGAUAACCAGAGGGAGUCCAAUCAGGACAGGGACGAUACGGCCUCAGCAGGUGGAAAGACGAAUCUGGCGAAAGAAGAGAUCCAGCGGAUGAGCAGCGUGCUGCCCACCAUGUGGCUGGGGGCUCAGAACGGCUGUUUAUACGUGCACUCAUCUGUCGCUCGAUGGAGGAAGUGUCUUCAUGCUGUCAAGCUGAAGGAUUCCAUCUUGAAUAUUGUACAUGUGAAGGGCCGUGUUUUGGUGGCUCUGGCUGACGGUACACUGGCCAUCUUUCACAGAGGUCUUGACAGCCAGUGGGAUUUAACCAACUACCACCUCUUGGACCUCGGCCGGCCGCAUCACUCAAUCCGCUGCAUGACCGUCGUGCACGAUAAAGUGUGGUGCGGCUACAGAAACAAGAUCUAUGUGAUUCAGCCCAAAGCAAUGAAAAUAGAGAAGUCUUUUGACGCCCACCCGCGUAAGGAGAGUCAGGUGCGUCAGCUGGCCUGGGUGGGUGACGGUAUCUGGGUGUCCAUCCGGCUAGACUCCACCCUCCGCCUCUUCCACGCUCACACCUUCCAGCAUCUCCAGGACGUGGACAUUGAACCUUAUGUCAGCAAAAUGUUAGGAACGGGAAAACUGGGCUUCUCUUUUGUGAGGAUCACGGCUCUGAUGGUUUCCUGUAACCGGCUGUGGGUGGGAACAGGAAAUGGUGUCAUCAUCUCCAUCCCUUUAUCAGACUCUGUAGGUCAGUGUGGAUAUCUAGGUCAGAGGGCUCAUAAGACUGUAGGAGCGAUCGCCUGUCGUCCAGGUGGGGCGGUGCGAGUGUACGGCAAUGACACUGUGGAUGGUGCAGUGACGGGUUCGUAUGUACCCUACAGCUCCAUGGUGAUGAGGAUGGUGGUUUGGAUCGAGAUGAAGAUGAUGAAUCAGCUGAACCCACUUUGA